CAGGUUCAUAUCACCAGCCCUUUAAAUUUUCUACCUCCUCUCACACUAUCGGAUCAUUAACCCGCAGGGUACGCUCUACUACAGAAUCGAUUAUGUCUCCGGCUGAAAAGCAGACAAUCCCCUCCUGCCAUGUGGUAGCCAUGCCUUACCCUGGCCGCGGCCACAUCAAUCCCAUGCUCAACCUCUGCAAAUUGGUGGCCGAAAGCAGCGGCGACAUUUUCAUUACUGUUGUCGUCACGGAGGAAUGGCUGGGCUUCAUUGGAUCCAUGGACAAGCCUCCGAAUAUCAGCUUCGCGGCCAUCCCUAACGUCGUGCCGUCGGAACUGGUCCGCAGCGACGAUGUCUACGGCUUCGCCAUGGCCGUGCUGACCAAAAUGGAAGAGCCCUUCGAUCGGCUCUUAGAUGAGCUACGCCUUCCGCCGCCCGUGCUCAUUAUAGCCGACGGGUUACUGCCUUGGGCGGCUGAAGUGGCGGGUAGAAGGAACAUCCCGUUGGCUUAUAUGUGGCCCAUGUCGGCUUCCGUCUACACGGUGUUUUACCACGUUGACCUUCUAGUUCAGAAUGGCCACUUCCCCGUCGAUUUGUCUGUAAAUGGAGAUGCUGUCGUGGACUACAUCCCAGGGCUGUCUCCAGUUCGUCUUGCAGAUCUGCCAACAAUCCUGAGGGACCAAGAAACCACCUCAAUGUUACAGAAGAUACUACCCAACGAGUCCAAAGCAAAAUUUCUCGUCUUCACUUCAAUUGAUGCGCUUGAAUCCCAAGUUCUUGAUGCCAUCAAACAAAAAUCCACAUUUUCCAUCUACAACAUCGGCCCUGCCACUUCAUACUUCAACCUCAAACAAAUCACCACGUCCACCACCAACACCUACGACGAUCAAGUACAAUACACCAACAACUACCUAAAAUGGCUCGACGACCAACCUCCCAGCUCGGUUCUAUAUGUCUCGUUAGGCAGCUUUCUAUCGGUCUCGAAGGCUCAAGUAGAAGAAAUUGCACUUGGAUUGCUCACGAGUGGCAUUAGGUUCUUGUGGGUGGCACGACGUGAAGCGUGUCGUCUGCAGGAGAUGUGCGGGGAGAAGGGGUUGGUUGUGGAGUGGUGUCGUCAGCUGGAGGUCCUGUGUCAUCCAUCUGUGGGGGGAUAUUGGUCGCACUGUGGGUGGAACUCGACUAAAGAGGCAGUGUUGGCAGGUGUCCCGAUGCUCACUUCCCCAAUACUGAUGGAUCAAUUGCCCAAUGCGAAGGCGAUUGUGGAGGACUGGAAGAUUGGGUGGAGAGUGUGGAACGGGGUGUUUGAUGAAGGGAACAUAACGAAAAGCGAUGAGAUUGCGGAGCUGGUCGAAAGGUUUAUGAAUUUGGAGAAUCCGGAGAGGGAAGAGCUUACGAGAAAUGCAAAAGAAUUGCAGAAGAGUUGUGAAAGGGAGUUUGCAAGUGGGCAGUCUUUCCAGACCAAUCUUGAUGGUUUUGUUAAAUCGAUUCUGCAAUACAAUGCAGCUUGAAUUCCUUUAAAUGCGAGUGUUUGUCUUAGUGUUUACAAAAAAACUCUAAAUGUUAGUGUUAUUAUAAAAUAUUAUUGUUAAUUGUGAA